AUGAUGUUGCCUGUGCAUUUGCUGUCAGGGGAAGAGGUGGCUGUCGUGCCGUUGGAGGAAGUGGUCAGGGACGAUUCCUGCACUGUGAGACAUCUCAAACGGUAUUUGUGCAGUGCGCACGGGCUGCCACCGAGAUUUCAACAGCGGAUUCUGCAUGACGGAGCAGUCUUGGAUGAUGAGACGUGCUGUUUUCGCUUGGCAACGCCCUUCUCAGUGCAGCUCAUUUUGCUGCCCUUUGUGGAGGCCACACCUGAGAAGAUCGAUCAUUUUGUUGAGGCUGCGCGGAAAGGUGAGUCUUCGGAGGUUGAGCGGCAUCUGCUCCUACCGCAGGAUCCGGAUCUGAUACCACAAAGGUGCCAAGCGCGAGCCUUGUACCAGGCAUCUUGCGAUGGCCACGCAGCCGUCGUCAGCCUCCUCUUGGAAGCAAAAGCCGACAAGGAUGCUCCCUACCACCAUCUCGGAAACUCCCGGACCCCACUCCUCGCAGCAUGUGAGAAGGGCCACAAGGAGGUGGUGCGCUUGCUCUUGGAUGGUGGAGCGGAUCAUCAUGCCGCCUGUUGGGACUUUGGCACACCUCUCACCGCCGCCUCUUUCGAAG